AUGAACGGCCGUCAACGCCAUUCAACAUCUAGCAGUUCGAAAAUGGCGGCACGAAAGCGAAGUAUAGUCUGGUCAUUUUUCCAAGCUGAGGAUGACAGGAGAGUGUUGUGUCUCCUCUGUAUGAAGACUGUUUUGUAUUUUGGUCACACGACGAAUAUGCUUCGCCAUCUACGAACGAAACACCCAUCUGAUUUUUCCUCGUUGGACAAAAGGAAACCCGCGACAGAUGCAGCAUCCAAACGUAACGACAGUAGUUGUGUGGAAGUUACAGUAUUGAUGGAUGAGCAGCAGGUAGAGGUGGAGUCUGUAGGAGAAGAUGGUGAAAUGGAUGGGGCCAUCAGAGGGAUCCUCCGUGCUGCAGCAGGAGAUGGGACAGCUGAAGGAGAGGGGCCUGAUGAAGAGGGUGAGGCACCUGCUGAUGAUGGGGUAGUUAAAGACACACAAGAUGACGACACUCCCCCGCUAAUACCUGGCACACGCAAGUGGAGCUCAGUGUGGGUGCAUUAUCGGAAACUUGGCCAGGAGCCAAGAGCCAUGUGCUUACUCUGCACGGAGAAGAUACAGCACCGGAGUAGUACGAGUAAUCUUAUCAGACAUCUACAACAUAAGCAUCCCACCGAGUUUGCACAGCUUGAGGACAACUCGCAUAAACGACCUAACAAGCGUAAAUCUGAAAAUCCAAGCACCUGUCCCUCCACUCAGUUGGGUGGGACCCCUACAAGGUCUCAGAUUGGAUCACAAAGGCAUGAUGUCCGUACAAACAGCAGUACCAGCCUAGAAAAAUAUCCAGGUACUAAGUGGUCUGAGGGGGUACGUAUAUUGGAGCGAGAACGGGAGCUGACAGAGGCUUUAAGACGUGUCCAACAGGAGGAGGGCCGGAGCAUACAACUGCAGAGAGAGUUACUACAGCAGUUUCGUGAAAUGGAUGCAGAGCGGAGAGCACUUCAAAAUCAGAAAUGUGAACAAGAGCAGGAGCAUGCACGAUUGCGAAAGGAACGGGAAGAGAUUCAGAAGGAGCAGGAUGAUCUGCAGAAGGAAAAGGAAGCGAUGCAGAGGGAGAGGGAGGAGUUACGCAAGGAGAAGGAGGAGCUGGAGAAACAGAAACAGGAAUUGGACUCCUGGAAAAGUGCUCAUGCACAGGGACAGACCUCUGGAUUUUACAAUUGUUGAUAUACCUCAGUAUGUCAGUUGCUCAAGGAAACAUGAUUUCCUUUUUAUGGAAAUAUUUUUUUCUUACCAUUUGUUUUCUUUUAACCAGAUUUGGAUUGGGCAAAUGGGAUUGUGGGAGUAGGGGAGAUGACAGGGAGGUUAUUAUAUUGUUAUAUUUUGUUUAGCUGAAUGAAAGUUUACCCUAAUCUUCUAGGAUUUUCAACACACAUACAAACACAUGCAUGCAAAUUAUAGAUUACCAACAGGUAAAUCAUAGAUUAGAGUCAUCAUGAGAAGGCCAGUCUACCCACAUAUUGUAUAUAUAAGUGUUAACGUAAACAAGCUUCAUUGUUCCAGAGUGUGUGAAUGUAUUCUAGUGUUUUUGUACGUUUCUGCACUGGGAAUAAACAGAAAACAGUCUGCAAUCUUAA